AUGAAUCCAAUAAAUCCAAACACUUUAUUUGGUGGUAGAUGGUAUGAAAUAGUUGACAGUUUUCCAUUCUACACUAAUACACAGUCAAUGAAGAUGGGCGGUUCAAAGAAAAUAGGUAUUGAAAACCUUCCUUCACAUAUGCAUAGGUUCAGUGGAAGAACAUCUGUGGAAGGAAACCAUUCACAUUCAAUAACAAAAAGAGGUUAUAUAAAUCUUGCAGCGGGUUCGAAUAGACAGGGAAUGAACAGAUAUGAUAUCACAACUGACCCCAAAGAUGUUAGCACAGGUAUUUUCUGUGGAACUGCAGGAAAUCAUACACAUGUUGUAGCUGGUAUUACAGACCCAGCAGGUAAUGGAAAAGAUUAUAUGCCUCCUUAUAUAACAAUGCACGCUUGGAUACGAGUUGGUUAA